UCCAAAGAAAACAAGCAGAGGAGUACACCCAAUUGGUUUACUUAUCCCAUAAAAUCUACAACAAUUUUAAGAAUUUUUAACAUUUUUUUUAAAUAUAAAAUCACCUCGUUCUAAUCAGUCUUGCAAUAGUAAUAGUUAAAUACAUCGAAAUAAGAACUUUUAAAAUGUGCUUCCAAUAUUUUUCAAGCAUUUCGUACGAAUAAUUCCGAAUUUCUUCUCUUUUUAAGAGUUUUUCUUCUGUUAUUCAAGUUAUCGGUUUUUAUUCGAUUCAAUUUUUUGUGUAAACGCACAAAUCCUCAUAAUAGUUCAUGUUUUAACUUGGAAUUUUAUUGAUUGUGCAAAAUAUGUUUCUCAAAUACACGAUUGUUCUUUUAUAUUGUUUACACGGAGUUAUUGGGUCAGAAGAUGAAGAACGUUUGGUGCGAGAUUUGUUUCGUGGGUACAACAAACUUAUCCGCCCCGUACAAAAUAUGACCCAAACAGUUGAUGUACGAUUCGGAUUAGCUUUUGUACAGCUUAUCAAUGUUAACGAAAAAAAUCAAAUUAUGAAAUCAAAUGUUUGGUUGCGAUUGGUUUGGAAUGACUAUCAAUUACAGUGGGACGAGUCUGAGUACGGUGGAAUUGGUGUUCUCCGAUUGCCACCGGAUAAAGUUUGGAAACCAGAUAUUGUGUUGUUUAACAACGCCGAUGGAAACUACGAAGUGCGAUAUAAAUCAAACGUUCUGAUUUAUCCAAAUGGUGAAGUGUUAUGGGUGCCUCCCGCUAUAUAUCAGAGCUCUUGCACUAUUGAUGUUCGUUACUUCCCAUUCGAUCAACAAAUGUGCGUCAUGAAAUUCGGCUCGUGGACAUUCAACGGAGAUCAAGUGUCGUUGGCAUUGUACAAUAACAAGAACUUUGUCGAUUUGUCCGAUUACUGGAAAUCUGGAACAUGGGAUAUUAUCGAAGUACCAGCGUAUUUGAAUGUGUAUAAAAAUACUGGACAACCUACGGAAACUGAUAUCACUUUCAACAUCAUUAUUCGGCGAAAAACUCUGUUCUACACCGUGAAUUUAAUCUUGCCAACAGUAUUGAUUUCAUUCCUCUGCGUACUGGUAUUCUACCUGCCCGCUGAAGCUGGAGAAAAGGUCACAUUGGGUAUCAGUAUUUUGCUGUCACUGGUUGUGUUUCUGUUGUUGGUAUCGAAAAUCUUGCCGCCAACCUCGUUGGUGUUACCAUUGAUUGCCAAGUAUCUGUUGUUCACUUUCAUCAUGAACACCGUGUCCAUUCUCGUCACCGUUGUAAUCAUCAAUUGGAAUUUCCGAGGUCCCAGGACUCACAGGAUGCCGUCGUGGAUUCGAACCGUGUUUCUGCACUACCUACCGGCAAUGCUUUUGAUGAAACGACCACGUAAAACUCGUCUACGAUGGAUGAUGGAAAUGCCGGGAAUGAGCAUGGCACCUCAGCAGCCCAAUCCUUAUGGAUCUCCAACCGAAUUGCCAAAACAUAUCAGUGCGAUCGGCUCUAAACCAUCCAAAAUGGAGGUAAUGGAAUUGUCGGAUUUACAUCAUCCCAAUUGUAAGAUUAACCGCAAAUUGAACAGUGGUGAUUUGAGUGGAAUUGGCGAUCGUCGGGAAAGUGAGAGCUCUGAUUCGAUUAUUCUCUCGCCAGAAGCAAGCAAAGCAACUGAAGCCGUGGAAUUUAUUGCUGAGCAUUUGAAAAAUGAAGAUUCAUACAUUCAGACGCGUGAGGAUUGGAAAUAUGUGGCUAUGGUGAUCGAUCGUCUUCAGCUCUACAUAUUUUUCAUUGUGACUACCGCAGGCACUGUGGGAAUACUCAUGGAUGCGCCGCAUAUC